UCGCGUAAGCUUGUGUGCGGGGGCGUGCGCGUAUACGCGGGAGGAGGGAUCUGUCUCUCGGAGACCCACACCCGAGCACCAGACGGAGCAUCAUUGAACGGACUGACUGAAGGAUGUGGAUCCCACUGGGCGUGUAAAAAGAAGAUAUGAGCGACAUACCCGUCUUUUUGUCUUUGACACACUGGGAUUUUUUGCCUUCUAGUGUGGACACGUAGCGGCAAUGGAGCGUCGAGCCAACGCGUGAGAGCUGAUACCAUUUAUGCUAAUUUUCGGGCGAUUGAGACGAUAGGAUGGCAUGCUAUGCUUAUUUAUUUUCGCUGAAGAAAUGAUCAUGAUGUCGCGCUGAAUGUUGUGUUAAUGAGAAGAAAACAUAUGGUGACACAAAGCUAGUAAGCAGGAAGGUUUUGUUUGUAUUUAAAUUUAUUGUCAUUGUGUGACUUGAAACAACAAGAGGCCAGCCAUGUCAAAGAAUAAGAGCAGCGAGUCGGUUAAGGUGGUUGUUCGAUGUCGACCUCUGAACCGAAAAGAGGAAUCCAACGGUCCUUCUGGGGGGAUCGUGCAGAUGGACCUGCGACUAGGACAGGUGAUCCUCAGGAAUCCUCGAGCAUCACACAGUGAACCCCAGAAAACGUUUACAUUCGAUGCUGUUUACGAUGCCAGUUCCAAACAACGGGAUCUGUACGAUGAGAGCGUCAGGCCUCUCAUAGAUUCUGUGCUAGCUGGGUUCAAUGGGACCAUAUUUGCUUAUGGACAGACCGGAACAGGGAAGACCUACACCAUGCAAGGGAUGUGGUUGGACCCAGAGAAACGCGGUGUGAUACCCAACGCUUUUGACCAUAUCUUUACGCACAUCUCACGCUCGCAGUCUGAUAAGCAGUACCUGGUCCGGGCGUCUUACCUCGAGAUCUAUCGUGAGGAGAUCCGUGAUCUGAUGGAUCCCAACCACGCCACCGCCCGGGGACUGGAGCUUAGAGAGAGUCCGGAAACUGGAGUCUAUGUCCCGGACCUCACUUCUUGUGUCUGCAAGAGCAUCAAGGAGAUAGAAGAGGUGAUGAAUGUGGGAAACCAAGCCAGGGCUGUUGCGGCCACCGACAUGAACGAGUAUUCAUCCAGGUCCCACGCCUUAUUUCUGAUCACGGUGGAGUGUGGCCAACCUGGUCCGGAUGGGAGAAAGCACAUCCGGGUGGGGCGCCUCAACCUGGUGGAUCUGGCCGGCAGUGAGCGGCAGGCCAAGACAGGCGUCCAGGGGGAACGCCUGAAGGAAGCGGCAAAAAUCAACCUUUCUCUGUCCGCAUUAGGGAACGUGAUAUCUGCGCUUGCAGAUGGCCGCAGUGGCCACGUGCCGUACCGGGACUCGAAGCUGACCCGUCUUUUGCAAGACUCACUGGGCGGUAACGCCAAGACCGUCAUGGUGGCCACUCUAGGCCCUGCUCCUCAACACUACGACGAAACUCUCACCACUCUUCGCUACGCAAACCGAGCCAAGAACAUCCAGAACCAGCCUCGAGUCAAUGAGGACCCCAAAGACGCCCUCCUCCGAGAAUUUCAAAGUGAGAUUGCUCGGCUCAGAGCUCAGCUCAACCACAGGAAGUGGAGAAGCAAGCAGAAGAAGGAGCGGCUGGACGAUGACGGCUCAGAUGCAGAUGGGGAUGAAGACACCGAGUGUGAAGAGGAGGAGGAGGUGGAGAAGAACGCCGAGGAGUAUGUCAAGCGAGAAGAGCAGCGUCUGGAGAGGGAGAAGGAGGCCAUCAGAGGAGAUCGAUCACUCCUGGCUGAUGAGAAGCAGAGGCUGCUUGGCGAGAAGGAGAGGAUGAUGGGAGAUCUUCGCAAAGAGCAGGAAGCCACUGAGCAACUCACUGCCAAGUACAAGGCAAUGGAGAGCAAGCUGUUGGUCGGCGGAAAGAACAUCACAGACCACACCAAUGAGCAGCAGAAGAUGCUGGAGAUGAAAAGGCAGGAAAUUGCCGAGCAGUUCCGCAAUGAGAGAGAGAUGCAGCAGCAGAUGAUGGUCCAGGACGACGAGACGCUGGAGCUGAGGGAGACUUUUACUUCUCUUCAGCAAGAGGUUGAAGCCAAAACCAAGAAACUCAAGAAGUUGUACGCCAAGCUCCAGUGCAUCAAAGCUGAGAUCCAGGAUGUAAAUGACGAGCAUGUGAGGAGCCGUCAGGAGCUGGAGCAAACACAAAAUGAGCUCACUCGAGAGCUCAAGUUCAAGUAUUUAAUCAUUGAGAACUUCAUCCCUCCAGAGGAGAAGAAUAAGAUCAUGAGCAGAAUGACUUUUGACACCGAAGAAGAUCAGUGGAAAUUCCAGCCUCUGGUUCCUGCUGAGAGCAAACCCCUGCAGAUGAAAAAAAGGCCAACCUCUGCCGUUGGAUACAAAAGACCAAUCAGCCAGUAUGCCAGGGUUGCCAUAACAAUGGGCACUAAUAACAGAUUCCGGGCUGAGAACAUUAUGUUUCUGGAGCUGGACAUGAACCCACCAAACACUGCCUCACUGGCUCGCUUAAGGGACCUGAACCAAAGCUUUCCUGUGGACAACUUUCCUACCAAUGACAGCGGCGUUCACAAAUCUAACUCCUGGUGUCAAAACCAGAAGUCUCUCACUUCUUCCUCUUCUAACGUUUCCCUUUCGGCUUGUACCACUGCCAUGUCUGCAUCGGCGCAGUGAAAUGCCGAAGCUUUAGCAGGGUGUGUUUUUAUUGUUAUUUAUUUUGCUGCGGAAUUUGGUGCUGCGACAUACAACAACACCUCUGGAGCAACACAAACAAAUGGUAAGUUACAAAGCUCAUCAAAAGAAACAAAUUUAACCUUUGUUGCAUGUGAGGGAGCAAAGACAGUCGGAAAUGUGUGUCUGUGUGUGUGUGUGUGUUUGUGUGUCACCAAAGUGGCUUCUAUCCUGUAUAUGAGUGUACAUAUUUAAUGUUUUUGUGUCUUUAAGGGUUCAAAUGAAAUGUCAUGAAUAUGCAUUCUCACAAGGAAGUAAUGUCCACGUGUCAUUUUUCUUCAUUCACUGCAAAAUAUAUUCAGUGGGUCAAUUAAAGAUAGUCACAAUGCGUAAUUAUGCCUUAACAUUGAACGAAAGAAAAAAUUAUAGGUCGAGUCACACAUUUUUACACACUUCAUGAGACUGGCAUGUGACCAAAAAUUUGAUUUAACAUAUUUAUUUCAGAUCAAGACUUCAUAGAAAUUCAGGCAAAACUACUGGCAAAAAGUUGAAGGAAAAUAAUGUUAUAUAAAUCCAGUACUGUACUAUAUUAUUAUUCGAAAAUAGAAUAUUUAUAUCUAAAAAUAAUGAACUCUUAUAAUUAUCUGUAUUUCAGUGAGUGCCCUUAUAAGGGUUCCAACAAGCCUAACAAAAACAAACCAAACUAGAUUUUGAUCUAUGCUAAUACAAUAAUAUUUCCAUUGGUUUUAACCAUUUGCAGUGGAGAUCACAAUCAGAGCAAGUAAUUGACCCGCUUUUGUUUCGCAAGGCCUAUUGAGGCUUCACCCAAUUUCACAUUCAUGAAGGUUCCAUGCAGUUUACCUUUAAUGAGGGAGGAAUGGAAAUUAAUAUUGUUGAUAUGAAAUGAUUGUGGUGCCGUGUGUGGUGCAAAUGCAAACAUUUGCUCCUUAAUAUUGCAUUAGUAAAUGAAUGAAUUUUGAUUUUGAAUAUCAGAGUGAGUCAAGUAAAACUAUUCGUCAGGGUAGAUUUUUUUUCACGAGUGACACAUUUCUGUCCAUUUGUUCUAUUUCAUGCAUCUGUACCAUUUACGUUAGUGUUGAUGGUAAAGGCAGGGUGAAUGUGAUUUAGGACAAAAAAAAAUGUGAAUAAAUAUGUCUUUGUACAUUGUCUCUGUGUACAGUAUAAACCUUGUAAUACACGUGUCAAUUAAGUCCUUGUCAAAUAUUAUAUGACGAUGAGAGAGCUGUGUGGGGGAGGAAGGAAGUGACAUACCGAUGGGG